AGUUGAUACUUAUUCAAGUUACGUUGAAAAAAUGAAACGAGCUCUUAACGCUAUUGUUUAUGUAUUUCUCUUUUCUAUUCUUCAUAAAGAAAUUGACUGCGAAACAAGAUUCGGCUAUGAACAGAUAGAUAAUCUAGCUAUUGAACAAUCUGUAUUUACUUAUGAAGCUGAAAAUGGACUUGAAUCCUGCUUUCAGAAAUGUUCAUAUAUCUAUAAUUGCUAUGCAUUUGCAAUGGUAGAUGAUGAUUGUUAUGGAUAUGACAAAAGCAAUUUGGCCUUUGUUGAAGAAGAUGAUGAUUCUACUCUGUACAUCAGAGAUUCAAAAUAUAUUGCUGAAGGAUACUUUGCAAUAGAUCAGAAAGCAUCAGCAGGAAAUGAUAUAAAAAUUCUUACUGACACAUCAUUAUCUAUAUGCGUAAGGGAAUGUAAUAAAACUAUAAGUUGUAAAGCAUUGGCGUACAACUUUGAAAAGAACAAUUGUUGGUUAAAAGAUACAGUUAGAAAGGAAGAAGACUUUACUAUACGGCCUCACUCAGUAUUUUAUACGAAGGAUUUUAGAGCUUUUGUCUCCAAGAAGAUAUACGAUAUACAUCCUUUUCACACAAUGAAAGGAAUUAUCUACUCUAAGAUUCCUAAUACACCGGUUUUUGAAUGUGCUAAUAAGCAUUGCUUCGAAAGUGCCGAUUGUUUAGGUUUCGUAUACUAUAAAGGAGGAUGUUACCUGUUCAAUGAAAUUGUUGCAAUUAUACCAAGGCAAGAUCGUUUCGCCUACACUAAACUAGACACCCAACUUUCUUAA